AUGACGACUAUCUCGCAAGAACCCGCGCUCGGGUUGACCCUGGGCAUUCCCCAAGGCCUGAAGAAGGCGACUGAACAUGUCGAACAUAUCGAGCACGUAAAAGACACCUCUGCAGGCCUCAAGACGAGUUUGCUUGGGCUGAAAAACAUCGAGACGCAAGCAUAUGUGGUGGACAAAGUGAACGCUGAUUUCCAGCUGGUCCCAAUCAUUCUUGACGAGAUUCGGCCAAAUGAAGUGCUUGUCGAGAUGAAGUACAGCGGAGUGUGCCACACGGAUAUUGUUACCCAGCAAGGCGGUCUCCCCUUUAUUGAAUUCCCAGCCAUCUUCGGUCACGAAGGAGCCGGCAUCGUCCGUGACAUUGGCAGAGACGUCACAAUCAAAGACCUAGCAGUUGGUGAUGCAGUUCUCCUCUCCUUCAAUUAUUGCGGAUCUUGCAAAAAUUGCACGAGCGGUCAUUCUGCGUUCUGUCCGGACUCAUCAAUGAUCAACAUCAACUCGGUACGCGUAGGCGACCGCAGCACUCCAGCUCGGCUAGCUUCGGAUGGCCGUCCUGUCCGGAGCCAGUUUUUUGGGCAGUCGUCGUUCUGCGAAGUGUCCGUCGUCAAUGAGAAAUCAAUUGUCCGGUGCCCGCCGGCGGCGGUCGAGCACAUGGGCUUGUAUGCUCCGCUCGGGUGCGGGCUUCAGACCGGCGCCGGGACAGUCUUGAACGUAGUCAAGCCGGGGAAAGAAGACUCCAUUGUUAUCUUCGGGCUCGGAAGUGUGGGUCUAGCGGCGCUGAUGGCUGCCCGCUACCUCGAGACCGGACAAAUCAUUGCCGUCGACAUUGUCCCCCAACGCCUCGAGCUGGCAAAGGAGCUCGGGGCCACCCACACGAUAAACUCGAAAGAGAGUAGCAACGUGGUACAGGACAUCAAAAAGAUCAGCAACGGCGGUCCAACUUUCGCUCUGGAAUGCACUGGCAUUUUGAAAGUCAUUGAAGACACGAUUGCGUGCGUCGGUCCCUUGGGCAUAGCCGUCCAGGUCGGGGUACCGCCUCCUGGAGCCGCAAUCAAGCUUGACCCGCAAGAGUUCCUGAUUGGCAACAAGAGAUAUGUUGGCGUCAUCGAGGGAGAUUCGAUACCUUCGGAAAUCAUUCCCAGACUGAUCUCCAUGCACCAUGAAGGCAGGUUCCCCAUCGACAAGUUAGCUGGGUUUUACCCGGCAUCACAGUUGAACCAGGCCAUCCAAGACAUGGCUGCCGGAAAGGUCAUCAAACCCGUGAUUCAAUGGAGCUAG